GUCUAGCGCAGCCUCAGCUGCUUCAAGGCUAUCCAUUGCCAUUGGCACCCCCUGGCACAGUCCCACAUGCACCGUUAGCAGCUGCAGCACCGGCGGUAGCCGCAUGGCCGCAGCCCGCACCAGUGCAAGUGCAGUAUGUGCAGGCUGCGCCGAUCGCUCCUCAGCCAAUCCAACUUCAAGCGCCGCAGUAUGGGGCAAGCCCGCUGCCGCAGCUGCCCCCUGUGGCCCUGGCUCCAUUGGCCGUCGCCCCACCGCUGCUACCAGGCCCCGUCCCAGCUGCUCCGGGUGCGGCGGCACAGGUCUCCGUAGUCUCGGUUGCUGGCCUACCAGCAGCGGCUCCUUUGCAGACUGUCGUCCAGACCAUGCCUGCUGCGACAUCUGUUCCUGUGGCGGCUGAUGCUGCUGCCACUGCAGGAUGCCCACCAGCUCCUCCGGGCUUCACGCAGGAGCAGUGCGCGCGAAUCAUUGCACUGCAGCAGCAGUAUCAAGCCGCAGGCGAUCACGAGAGUGCGGCCCUGGUCGCACACUAUGCAGCUGCUGGUGUUGACUUGAGUGCGUACCUCGAGGCAGCCUCUGCGUCAUAUACACAGCCGCUGGUCCACGACCCGGCCAGGCGCUUCGUGGGAACCGUGCGGAGCUGGAAUGCCGAUGGAGGUUUUGGCUUCAUCGUCUGCGCUGACUCCAAGAGAAUCUACAGCAAGGACAUCUUUCUGCACAAGUCGGAGAUCGGUCAUGAGCCGGACCUAUACAAGCUCCGCAAGAGGCUUGAGUUUGAGGAUGGCGAGCCGGUGUCCUUCCAAGUGGAGUACGAUGACAAGCAGAAGCCGCGGGCGAAGCUGGUGGAGCUCCUGAACCAGCCGAAAGAGGAGCCGCCGCCACCACCGGAGCCGGAGGAGGCGGAGCCUCCGCCGCCACCUCCGAAGAAGCGGCGGCGCCGUAUCGACCCAGUCGAUCGACCCCCCGAGCCCAAAUGA